GCGGGUCAGUCUGUCGGGCAACCGGUCGCUCUCUCGUUUCUCGCUCUGUCCGCGCUCUCAGCUCGACUCGACUGCGUUCUCCACGCUCCGAGACUCGAUACAAGUCGUCGAUAUCGUGCGACACGUUCUACUCGAAUCGAAAUUCAAACUAAAAUCGCCCUCCACCUCUCUCUUCCACGCCUGCUCGGGCUAGUGUCGUCGUCGUCGUUAUCGUCGUUGUCGUUGCCGUCGUUGUCGUCGUUGUCGUCGUCGUCGUCGUUGUUGUUGUUGUUGUCGUUCCGCGAAGAGUGUGUCGGAACAGUUUGCCCGCCGUUUUUCACACCUGGAGACUGGACGCAUCCUGGUGACCGUGGCGAUGCGCGCGCCUCGUCGCGCACUUCGACGAUCGACUUAACCCCGGUCCGCGAGUCGACGACCCUCGCGAGGCGCGGUUUCUCUCCGUCAAAAACGAUCGUCGAUUGUUGGCGCUCGAUCGAAAGAUUCGAACGUUCGAUCGCUGGGACGCAGGCGAGGCGACGCGAUCGUCGCAUCGCCGCCCGGGAGAAUGUGGAAAAUUUCUGUUGGGUGGAUCGGCGGGCAGGUAACGACUGUUUCCGGAGCGAACCAAAGACCGAUCUUCUCUCGAUAAUAGUUGACAGACGAGCGAGGUUCGAGACGCAGAGCGUGAGGUGAUGUUGCUGGAGUCGCGAGGUCUCAGCGGCAGGAAGAGAAACGGAUUGACGCUGUCUUCGUUCGGUGGUGGAGGUGGCGGUGGCAGUGGCGGUGGCGGCUGCGGCGGUGGAGGCGGAGGCGGAGGAGGAGGAGGCGGCUGCGGUGCCGGCAGCGAGGAGGACGACGAGGAAUCUCGACAUCUGUUUCUUGGAAGAAAAAUGCAGACCGAGGGUGCCGCCGCCUCCGCGGUUUCCACCGGUUUGUCACCCGGCUGCACGCGCGACGACGGCGACGAGAGUUCCAGCCCUUCGCCGAACAGCAGCCUCUUGAACAAUCUCAACAACAACUGCAACUCGAAUCGCCAAUGCGCCACCGACUUUAGCAUCGCGGCCAUCAUGGCCCGAGAUUCUAGGCAGCAGCAGCAGCAACAACAGCAGCAGCAACAGACGCAACAACAAUCGCAGACCUCGCCAUUGCAGCAGCAGCAGCAGCAACAGCAAUCGGUUCAGCAACACACUCAGCCUCAGCUGCAACAACCUCAUCAUAAUCGGCAGUUGCAGCAACAGGCCGUCGGCGGAGGGAAAUUGCAUCAACACGAAAGGGAACCGAGCGUUUCUGGAGUGGUCCGCGGCGCUCCACCGAUUCAGGAGGCGAUCGUCGCGGAAGACGAUCCAGAGACGGAUGACGCCGGAAGCACCAGCGGCAAAGCAGCUUCACCCGUGAAUCCUCUCCUUCAGGAACGGUCCAAUUGCGAAGAGCUUAGGCACGUGGUGUGUCACCUCGAGACGAAAGACUUAUGGGAUAAAUUCAACGAACUAGGCACCGAGAUGAUCAUCACGAAAACUGGCAGGAGAAUGUUUCCAACGUGCAGAGUGUCGUUCAACGGAUUGAAGGCGGAUAGUCGAUACGCGGUUCUGAUGGACAUCGUUCCUGUGGAUAACAAGAGGUAUCGAUACGCGUAUCACAGGAGCUCUUGGCUGGUAGCUGGGAAGGCCGAUCCUCCGGCGCCCGCUCGUCUCUACGUGCACCCGGACUCACCUUUUACGGGCGAGCAGCUUCGAAAGCAAGUCGUCUCGUUCGAAAAAGUGAAGCUUACCAACAACGACAUGGAUAGGCACGGCCACCUGGUGUUGAACUCGAUGCACAAAUAUCAACCGAGGAUUCACCUGGUGAAGCGACCGGAGUCGGGCACCGCCAAGCCGAUAACAGACCUCGAAAAGGAACCUCACAAGACCUUCAUAUUCCCAGAGGCGAUAUUCACCGCUGUCACCGCCUAUCAGAAUCAACUCAUCACGAAGCUCAAGAUCGACAGCAAUCCGUUCGCUAAGGGGUUUCGGGACUCGUCUCGUCUGACCGAUUUCGAGAGCUUCCCUUUCAGGGAGACGAUGGAGUCGAUGCUGGCCGAGCAGCAAUCGUUGAGGUUUCCCCAUCGGCUUCCGUUCGAGAUGGAUCAACUUCAGGCCGGAGCGGUGGGUAACCUUAGCCUGGAGGAGAAGGCGCUGUGGGCGGCGCGGUCGCAGAUGCUGCUUCGGGCCGCGGCGGCGGUCGCGGUCAGCCCGUACGCUCAGCUGGUCGGGCCCGCGGCUCUCGUCUACCCCGGCGCCUCGUCCGCCGGCACCAGCCAUCAGCAGCAACAGCAACAGCAACACCAGCAGCAACAACAGCAGCAACAGCUCGGCCAUCUGUGGUGGGCUUCGUCGAUCGGGCCGACGCUGUUCGCGGCCGCGCAUCACCAGCAACAGCAGCAGCAGCAACAACAACAACAACAGCAGCAGCUGGCAGGGUCCAGCACGCAGAGUCCGAACACGGGGCCAGCGGCGCCUCGGCCUCUCUACCCAUCGGCCUUGGCUCUGGCGCACCAUCGUUUCUCUCCGUACCACGUGGCCACCGCCCCCAAGUCCUCCACCCCGGUCGGGCCAUCGCUCUCUCCAUCGCCCUCGCGAAGAGCGACACCUUCUCCGACAGACAGUCUCGGAAGAGACGCCCAGGAUAUGUCGCCGUCGUAGUCGACGUCCUCCCCUCGGCGCCGCCGUAUCGCGCGCGCGCGCGCACUCUUCCACGACCUCGGGACCACUCGACUUCUCCCCGCACGAGACCCGCUGCCACGCUUCUCGUCGUUCUUUCCGUGUGUCUGAUCCUCACCGGGAAUCGUCACUGGUAACAACCACGUCGUCGCAGAAUUUGCGUUUUCGAUCGGAGCAACGUAACGGGAAGAAGCGGAAGAAAAAGAAGAGGAAGAAGAAGAAGACGAAGACGUAGACGUAAACGAAGACGAAGACGAAGACGAAGACGAAGCACUGUAUAUACGGUACGGUCGUUGUUGGAUCCCCUGGCCGCACGUAUGUGCAUUCUUAAGCGAUCAAUCGUAUGACGACCUUUACUGUAUAUAGCUAUACAUAUAUACGUACGAAUUCACGAGACCUAGGUAAUAUCGACUUCGUUCGUGUAACAUAAGUUGUAUAUUUCGUAUCACGACUUAUCGUUAUCGUUAUCGUUAUUUAUGUUCCAACUCCGUACUCGACGUGGAGAAACGCAGAGCGGAACGUUGCGCGUUCGUGUCCGAAGAGAACGCGCUCUGCGUCUUUUCCACGCAAAAUAGCUUAAGCGACGAUUCAUUGUCGCCGGUAUCGGCGAUUAGCGUUAGCAUAGAGCGUUAUAUCGUUGAUGCUUGUGUUGUGAAGAUGCAUAAAAUAUCGCUGUGCAAGCUGUUCCCUUGUAAAUAAACCCUAAUAAACUCUUGUACCA